AUGGAGAUGAUUGGGGGCAGGUGCACGAUGCCAAAAAGACAAAGAACUUCAGUCAACAUCCCCAACAGUUCUGUCAACCAUCAUUUAUCCAGAAGAAUCGUGCUGCUGGGUAAAAGUGGAGUUGGGAAGAGUGCAGCUGCAAACACAAUACUGGGACAGACAGUGUUUGAAUCUGCAGUUGGCUCAAUUUCAGUGACCCGUGAAUCUUCAGUGAAACAUGCCACUGUUUCAGGCAGAUCUGUGUCUGUAGUUGAUACACCUGGAUUCUUUGACACACAGAUGAGCUCUGAGCACUUAAUGAUUGAGAUAGUGAGAAGUGUUUAUAUAUCCAGUCCUGGACCUCACGCUUUUCUCAUUGUGUUUCCUGUGAAUAGAUUCACUAAGCAGGAGGAAGAGAUUCCUCAGAUGAUUGAGAUGUUGUUUGGUGAAGAAGUGUUGAAAUACUCCAUGAUUCUCUUCACUCAUGGAGAUCAGCUAGAAGGAAGGUCCAUAGAAGAAAUCAUUGCAGAAAAUGAAGCAUUAAGAUAUGUAGUUGAUCAGUGUGGAGGUAGAUUUCACGUCUUCAACAAUAAAGAUCAGAAUAACAGAGAGCAGGUGAAUGAUCUACUGCAGAAGAUUGACACAAUGAUAGAGCAGAAUGGAGGAGGACACUACAGUAAUCAGAUGUAUGAAGAUGCUUACAGAAUUAGACGAGAAGAAGAGUUUGAGAGUGUAAGAAAGGAGACAGAGAUGAGAGUCAGAGCAGAGAUACAGCGUGAGAAUGAGAUACAAAGACAAGAGGAGAUUGAGAGAGUGAGAAUGGAGACAGAGAUGAGAGUCAGAGCAGAGAUACAGCGUGAGAAUAAUGUGAGAAAACAACAAGAGGAGAAACAAAAUACACCAGAGUGUGAAAAAAGAAGUGGAUUUAAGAAGUUUUUUUCCAAGUAUUGUAAAUACUUUUUAAUUGGCAUUGCAGCUGGUGCAAUAAUUGGUGGUGGAGCUGGUAGAGAUGUUUGUGGAGUUGUUGGUGAAGUUGUUGGUGGAGUUGUUGGUGGAGUUGUUGGUGGAAUUGUUGGUGGAGUUGUAGCCUUAAUUGUUCAUAAAAGGCAGAGGCGUCACUAAU